ACGGCACAUUAGAAAUAGUCGGACAGACGAUAAAUGUUAUCAAGUCUUACUGUCGGUCGCAGAGAGAGCAGAUGAAGUCAUUCUGCUCACAGGAUAACUCGUGAUCCUUAUUGCGAAACAAGAAUCAACGUUUUCAUGUAUAAUGUACAUAUAAUGUAAAUAUUUGUCGUUCGAAAUACAAGUGCAUUGGUUCAUGAAUAAUUAUGUACGUGAAAUAAAAAAAUAUUUUACACGUUGAAUCGAUAUUAUUAAUUAUAUGAUAAUAACCGUUCGUGUUGAUAACAGUGAAUUUGUAAUAACAAUUGGGAUAUCAUAAUAAAAAUUAUUUGAAUGAAUUUUAUAAGAUGUUCCACGUUGUCAGAAAAUUUAACCUUUCUUAAUAAUGUGAUUUCCUGAUGGCGAUAAAUAAUAAUCUCAGUUUUAUCGAUUAAAUAAAGAAAAAUACAGUGAUUAUCACAAUAAUCGGAGAUACCUUCUUUACGAAUGAUAAUCGACUUAAUGAAUCAUGUCGUUUCAAGAGAUUUUUUCAAAUGGAACAUCUACGGUCCUUUGGAUUGCUUAUGUAUGAAUUUGGAUUGGUUAUGUUUUAACGAAUUAUCUUUAACUUCGACUGAUACAUAUUAAAACAGAGAUAAAGACGAUAAGUCAAGCGAAGUAACGAGCAAAUAAGUGGAUGAAUGGACGAACGAAGUUAUGGCUUAAAUGGUAUGUGUUAACCGGAUGUUAACAAAGAAAAUAUCGAUAAAAGAAGUGAGAGAAAAUCGAUAGAUUAACUAUAUCGAGCAAUCAGUGAUUGUUGAAUAAAGUGAUAGUUAUCAAUAGUGACUGUUUCGGUUGAUUAUGUGAUCAAAAGCAGAAACCUUCUGUCACACAGAAUUUUCAAUCGUAACACAUGCCAAGUCGAUUUCAGUUUAAUUCGUAAUCACGAUCGAACGUGCGCGUUUCAAAAAUUCUCUCAUCGUUAAAAAUGAAGAACUCACAUGACGAUACAAGAAAGAAGGCACCAGAUGGUGGUUGGGGCUGGUUCGUUUGCCUAGGUAGUAGUUUAAUCUCGCUCUCCUUGAGGUCGUUGGAUCCAUCUUUUGGUCUUCUCUUCCAAGAUCUUUUGGAAGAUCUUCAUAUCGAAUCUACUGGAACAUCAGUGAUAAUGAGCGUACUUGACGCCAUCGUCAAUUUUUCAGGUCUUUUUGUUGGACCAUUGUUGAAGAAAUAUUCUUACAGAAAGGUCGCAUUCUUUGGCUCACUUCUGAGUUGCACAGCUCUUAUGUUGACAUCCAGGGCGGACAGCAUGUUUUAUUUGAUAUGUACUUAUAGUAUUUUAGGAGGCUUUGGUACAGGAAUUGCGACCGCGUCCGCCUUCGUAGCCUUGAACACUUUCUUCGACAAGAAACGCGGACAAGCAGUGGGCUUCUCAAUGGCUGGAACAACCUUGGCAAUGAUGUUGGUACCGCAGCUCGUUCAUAUACUUCUAAGAUUGUACGGAUUUCGUGGAACAAUGUUGAUUAUAAGUGCAUGGGCACUUCAUUCGGUAGUAGGUGCCUGUCUUUUGAGGUCUUUGGAAAGUAGAAAAGAAAUCUCAAUUCCUAAAAAAAUCAUUGAGCCAAAGGAGAAGGAUGCUUUGCUGCAAAAUUAUUCAAUGUCUCUGCGUAAAGUGACGAAUGACACGGGUCGUGAUACGGACGGCAGAAAGAAAAAUGAAACGAAGAACGAUUCAAAAAUCAUCGAGGUCGAAGACGAUGAGAAUGACAAAAAAACAACGUGCUUUGGCAAAAUAAAGAAAACCUUCGAUUUGGAUCUUCUCAAAGAUACGGUCUAUCUGAACGUAAUUAUAGGUACUAGCCUUUAUUACGUGGCAGAAUCAAAUUUCAAGUUGAUGACUCCAUUUUUCCUCUCGAGCAUCGGAAUGACCAAGGCGGAAGUCGCUUUUUGUUUAUCCCUCACUGCCUUUACGGACAUCCUCGCACGUCUGACGUUACCAACGAUCUUCGAUAAGUUUGGCUUGAAGAAGAGAUCGAUAUUUUGGAUUUGUUCGAUCAUGGUUGGUUGUGGACGUUCCGUAUUGGCCGAGCGAACGAAAGGAACAACCUUAAUAGUGAUAUUCAUAAUAAUAGGAUUUUUACGUGGAGCUACUUUGGUCAAUUUAAACCUCAGUAUCUCUGAAUGUUGCUCCUUGAAGAGACUCCCUAGUGCUUUUGGAAUAUUUAUGGUUUCGAAGGGUAUAUUCGUUGUUGCUAUGAGUCCACUUAUCGGAUACAUACGAGACUACACGCAGAGCUAUAGAGUAUGCAUUCACGUAAUGACAAGCCUGAUCAUUUUGACUUUUGUCUCGUGGACCGUCGAGUUCUCAUAUUUCGGCCGACGUAAAAGGAAAUGCGACUUGAUUGAAGAAACACAUAAGAGUACAAGAGAAUAACGAGUUGUUCUUUUCUUUUUAACGAGAGCAAAGUAUUUAUACGACCGCUCAUUCAGAUUUAAAAGAUCCAUCUUGGAAAAUAGGAUGAUCAAUCUUGUACAGUAAUUCAAGUAUUAUUACCGAGUUCCAAUUUGCGAUAUAUAAUACUUUUAAUUAUAUGUUACUGACUAUUAUUUUUACUUUAUUAAACGAUAAAAAUGCACUUAAACCUGA